AGAAUCAGUUUUUCGAACUCAUCGCCGAACUCCGUAUUGUUGUUCCGAGGCGUUGUGAAUGCGAUGUCGAACAUCAUCACGUUAUUGCCAGUGUUGCCAAAGCCAUAUGCGGAUAAAGCGAUUGAAAAGGUGUAUGGGAUAUAUAACAACUUGUUGACGGGGUCGUAUGUGCCAUAUGGAGUCCUCAUCUUCUAUAACGACCCAGCACUGAACAAUAUGGUUGAGACUUCCGUCAAACUGGUUUGUAUGAGGAACAAUGACGAAAUCCUGACUGAUCCGAAACUCCGCUCAAUCAUAUUUGUGAUGUUAAACGGAUUGUUCACGACGCUCCACAAAUUUGUAUUUAAACUGAGCAACGAGCCAUUCCAAAAGUUUUUGUCACUGCUGAUUGCAGGACUGAAAAUGACAGACAACAACGUUGUUCGUACGUGCAUUACGAUUAUUACUAUUAUAUUUGAGUUGGUCGAUAAUAUCCAAGCGCGAGAAACAGAAGACAUGAACGACUACCAACGAAAGAUGGAAGAUUUCAGCGAAACGUUUAAGAUGAUGACUAAGGCAUCACUCGACGCAUAUCUCUUUUCAUCAAUUCAAGGAAGAGCGAUUGGAUGUUUGGCAUCGCUCAUGAAGCGCUACCGAUAUUUUGACGAAUACGCUCAACAAUACUUGAUUGCGCAAAAGAAUGAAGUGCAGACGCAACUUAUUAUUAAAUCAUUCCAAACGAUAAAGAACGCUGUUGAGAACCCACAAUUCCCAGACAUCUUGUCGAAAACACUGAACGAAAUGAGAGGAAAUAUUGAUUCUGACUAA